UAUGUCUAACCAAACGCACGGGGAAAGCGUCGUUUCUCUGAAAUGAAGCUCAAUUUACGCACGUUUCAUAAUUUUUACUUUGAUGUUAAAAUAAAAAUAUUAAGCGAAAAUAAUGAAAAUAGUUCUUCAAACGGAAAUGAUGGAACUGCUGUUAACGGAACAUUAACCUAAAUACAAUAUGCAUUUAAUCUCCUUUAUGGAGAAAAUCUGAUAAAUCCGGUAAGCGGAGGAAAAGGAGAACCAACCCUUCCGGGCCGGAGGAUCUUGAAACAGAACAAGAACCGAGCCAGGUGGAGGAGGCGGACACGGUGUCCCGGCAGAUGAGUGAACAUGGCGGACCGGAGCGCCCCGGGUUGCCGGCUCAGACUGGACUGGGUCUACGGAUACCGGGGCCACCAGUGCCGGAAUAACCUGUACUACACCGCCGGGAAGGAGGUGGUGUACUUCGUGGCCGGGGUCGGAGUGGUUUACAACACCAGAGAGCACAGCCAGAGGUUCUACCUGGGCCACAAUGAUGACAUCAUCAGCCUGGCGUUGCAUCCGGAGCGCUCCCUGGUGGCAACGGGUCAGGUGGGAAAAGAUCCAUAUGUGUGUGUGUGGGACGCCUUCACGGUCCAGACUGUCUCACUGCUGCGUGACGGACACACACACGGCAUCGCCUGCCUCACGUUCAGCGCUGACGGACAGCGGUUAGCGUCGGUUGGCCUGGAUGCCAAGAACACAGUCUGCAUCUGGGAGUGGAAGAGAGGGAAGAUCCUGGCCACGGCCACCGGACACUCCGACAGGAUCUUCGACAUCUGCUGGGAUCCGUUUCAGCAGAACCGCCUGGUGAGCUGUGGAGUCAAACACAUCAAGUUCUGGGUUUUGUGUGGCAACGCUCUCACUCCGAAGCGGGGGAUUUUUGGGAAGACGGGUGACUUGCAGACCAUCUUGUGCGUGGCGUCGGCUAAAGACGACUUCACAUACUCUGGGGCGCUCAACGGAGACAUUUACGUCUGGAAAGGCCUCCACCUGGUCCGAACAGUUCAGUCUGCCCACGGGGCUGGCAUCUUCAGCAUGUAUUCCUGUGAGGAAGGUUUUGCCACAGGAGGCAGAGACGGCUGCAUCCGACUGUGGGACGUCGACUUCAAACCCAUCACCAAGAUUGACCUGCGAGAGGCUGAACAGGGGUACAAAGGCUUGUCCAUCCGCAGCGUCUGCUGGCGAGCCGACCGGAUCCUGGCAGGAACUCAGGACAGCGAGAUCUUCGAGGUGAUGGUUCGAGACCGCGACAAACCUCUGCUCAUCAUGCAGGGACACGGCGAGGGCGAGCUCUGGGCGCUCGACGUCCAUCCGAAAAAACCUCUGACCGUCACCGGCAGCGACGACCGCUCCGUCAGGUUGUGGAGUCUGGCGGACCACGCCCUCAUCGCCCGCUGCAACAUGGAGGAGGCGGUGCGCAGCGUGGCGUUCAGCGUGGACGGGUCCCAGCUGGCUCUGGGGAUGAAGGACGGAUCCUUCACUGUGCUGAGAGUCAGAGACAUGACGGAGGUCGUCCACAUCAAAGACAGGAAGGAGGUGAUCCAUGAGAUGAAGUUUUCCCCAGACGGGGCGUACCUCGCUGUCGGCUCCAACGAUGGACUGGUGGACGUCUACGCUGUCGCCCAGAGAUACAAGAAGGUAGGGGAAUGCAGUAAAUCCUCCAGCUUCAUCACACACCUGGACUGGUCUCUGGACAGCAAGAUCCUGCAGACCAACGACGGAGCUGGAGAACGCCUCUUCUACAGGAUGCCCAUGGGGAAGCCAAUUGUGAGUAAGGAGGAGGUGAAAGGUCAACGCUGGGCCUCCUGGAGCGGCGUCCUGGGUUCAGAGGUCAGCGGCAUCUGGUCCAAAUACUCCGACUCAACAUCUGUCAACGCCGUGGACGCCAACCACGCCGCCGCCGUGCUCGUUACCGGGGACGACCUGGGACUGGUGAAGCUGUACCGCUUCCCCUGCCUCAGGAAAGGUGCUAAAUUCAAGAAGUACAUUGGCCACUCGGCUCAUGUGACCAACGUCCGGUGGUCACAUGACCUGCAGUGGGUGCUGACCACAGGUGGGGCUGACCACGCCCUCUUCCAGUGGAGGUUUCAUCCGGAGUCGGUUAUGAACGGAAGUCUGGACAUCAAUGUACAAGACAGUCAUGGCGACUCCAACAGCGAGGAGUCGGACAGCGACCUGUCGGACGUCCCGGAGCUCGACUCCGACAUCGAGCAGGAAACGCAGAUCAACUACGACAGACAGGUUUAUAAGGAGGACCUGCCUCAGCUGAAGCAGCAAAGCAGAGAGAAGAAGCAGCAGGUCGGAUCUCUGAAGAGGCAGAGAGGACCGGACCAAGGACUCCGCCUGCAGUUUGUUCACGGCUACCGUGGAUACGACUGCAGGAACAACCUGUUCUACACUCAGGGUGGGGAGGUGGUGUACCACGUGGCAGCAGUGGGCGUGGUCUACAACCGGCAGCUGCACAGCCAGCGAUUCUACCUCGGCCAUGAUGACGACAUCCUGAGCCUCAGCAUCCACCCGCUGAAGGACUACGCAGCUACGGGACAGGUGGGACGGGACCCGGCCAUCCACGUGUGGGACAUCCAGAAUCUGAAGUGUCUCUCUCUGCUCAGAGGUUUCCAUCAGAGAGGAGUGUGUUCACUGGAUUUCUCAGCUGACGGAAAAAGCCUGGUUUCAGUAGGAGUCGAUGAUGGACAUUCGAUCGUUGUUUGGGACUGGAAGAGAGGGGAGAAACUUGCCACUGCACGGGGUCAUAAAGAGAAGAUAUUUGUGGUGAAGUGUAAUCCCAUGAUGAUGGACAAACUGGUCACAGUUGGAAUCAAACACAUCAAGUUCUGGCAACAUGCAGGAGGCGGGCUGACCUUCAGGCGCGGUGCGCUCAGGAGCGUCGGGCGACCAGAGACCAUGAUGUCAGUGUGUUAUGGUCGCAGUGAGGCGCUGGUGUUUUCCGGAGCCGCCAACGGAGACGUUUACAUCUGGAAGGAACCGCUGCUGCUGAAAACGGUCAAAGCACACGACGGGCCGGUGUUCGCCAUGUUCUCCCUGGAUAAGGGCUUUGUGACGGGAGGGAAGGACGGCGUGGUGGAGCUGUGGGACGACAUGUUUGACCGCUGCCUGAAAACCUACGCCAUCAAGAGAGCCGUACUUUCUCCUGGUUCUAAAGGCCUUCUACUGGAGGACAACCCCUCCAUCAGGGCCAUCACUCUGGGUCACGGUCACAUCCUGGUAGGAACAAAAAAUGGAGAGGUCCUGGAGAUCGAUAAGACUGGACCCAUGACUCUGCUGGUGCAGGGUCACAUGGAAGGUGAGGUUUGGGGUCUGGCCCCCCACCCCCUCCUCCACAUCUGUGCCACUGUUAGCGACGACAAAACCCUGCGACUGUGGGAGACGUCAGCCAACCACCGCAUGGUGGCCGUCCGCAAACUGAAGAGAGGCGGCCGCUGCUGUGCCUUCUCUCCGGAUGGGAAAGCAUUGGCUGUUGGUCUGAGCGAUGGCGGCGUCCUGGUGGUAAAUGCAGACACGCUGGAGGAUCUGCUUAGCUUCCACCAUCGCCAUGACACCAUUUCUGACAUCCGCUUCACUCCAGAUUCAGGUAAAUACCUGGCGGUGGCGUCCCAUGACAGCUUUGUGGACAUCUACAACGUGCUGAGCACAAAGAGAGUGGGGAUCUGUAAAGGAGCGUCCAGUUACAUCACACACAUCGACUGGGACGGCCGAGGUAAACUGCUGCAGGUAAACACAGGAGCCAAAGAACAACUUUUCUUUGAAGCCCCAAGAGGAAAAAGACAAACCAUCAAGAACUCAGAGCUGGAUCGGGUGGACUGGUCCAGCUGGACCUGUGUUCUGGGUUCCAGCUGUGAGGGAAUAUGGCCGACACACAGUGACAUCACCGACAUCAACGCUGCUUCGCUCACCAGAGACCGAACGCUGCUCGCCACUGGAGACGACUUCGGCUUCCUCAAACUGUUCAGCUACCCCGUCAGGGGUCAGUACGCCCGGUUUAAACGCUACGUGGGCCACAGCGCACAGGUCACCAACGUCCGCUGGGCUCAGGAUGACGCCACGCUGCUGACGGUGGGCGGAGCCGACACCGCUCUGAUCGUUUGGGCGAGGGAACGAGGAGGCGGAGUCGGCCUGGAGGAGGGGUCUUUGUUUCGUGACAGCCGACCGCUGGUGGACAGCGAGGAGUCUGAUGAUGACGUGGAGGAGGACGGAGGCUACGACAGCGACGUCGCCCGGGAGAAGACAGUGGACUACGUCACUAAGAUGUACGCCGUCAGCAUCAGAGAGAUGACGGGAACCAAACCUCACCAACAGCUGAAGGAGCAGUCUGCUGAGGAGAGGGCUCCGGUGAGCCGAGCAGCGCCGCAGCCUGAGAAGCUCCAAAAGAAUAACACGUCCAAAAAGAAGAGACUGGUCGAGGACCUGGUUUUGGAUCAUGUGUUUGGUUUCCGGGGCUUUGAUUGUCGAAACAACCUGCACUACCUCAACGACGGCACCGACAUUGUCUACCACACAGCUGCUACCGCCAUCGUCCACAGCCUCAGCACCGGAACUCAGAGUUUCUACCUGGAACACACAGAUGACAUCCUGUGUCUGACUGUCAACCAACACCCGAAAUACAAAAACAUCAUCGCCAGUGGACAGAUCGGUGACGUCGGUGAACUUCCAGGCACCACUCCAUCCAUCCAUGUCUGGGAUGCCAUGAGUAAACAGACUCUGUCCAUCCUCCGCUGCUCGCACGCCAAAGGCGUUGGCUACGUGAACUUCAGCGCCACGGGGAAGCUGCUGCUGUCUGUCGGAGUGGAACCUGAACACACCAUUACCGUGUGGCGCUGGCAGGAGGGAUCCAGGGUGUGCAGUAAAUCUGGACACCCGGACCGGAUCUUUGUGGUGGAGUUUCGGCCGGACUCGGACUCUCAGUUCGUGUCAGUGGGAAUCAAACAUGUGAAGUUCUGGACGCUGGCCGGCGGCGCAUUGAUGUACAAGAAGGGAGUGGUGGGGACGGUGGAGGGCGGCAGGAUGCAGACGAUGCUGGCCGUGGCCUUCGGUGCUAAUAACCUGACGUUCACAGGAGCCAUUAACGGGGACGUGUACGUGUGGCGGGAUCACUACCUGCUGAGGGUGGUGGCGAGGGCUCACACGGGUCCCGUCUUCACCAUGUACACCACGCUGCGAGACGGACUCAUCGUCACCGGCGGCAAAGAGCGGCCGACUAAGGAGGGUGGUGCGGUGAAGCUCUGGGAUCAGGAGAUGAAACGAUGCCGAGCCUUCCAGCUGGAGACGGGGCAGCAGGUGGAGUGUGUCCGAUCUGUCUGCAGAGGCAAGGGUAAGAUCCUGGUGGGGACGAAGGACGGGGAGAUCAUCGAGGUCGGGGAGAAGAACGCGGCGUCCAACCUGCUGCUGGACAGUCACACUCGGGGAGGAAUCUGGGGUCUGGCUGCUCAUCCCACCAAAGAGGUCUGCAUCACCGCCGGCGACGACGCCACCAUCAGACUGUGGGACCUCACUGACAAGAAACUUCUGAACAAAGUUGGUGUCGGCCACGCUGCUCGCUGUGUGAGCUACAGCGCUGACGGAGAGAUGCUGGCGGUGGGGAUGAAGAAUGGCGAGUUUCUCCUCCUCCUCUCUAACUCACUCAAGAUGUGGGCAAAGAAACGAGACCGCAGCGCCGCCCUGCAGGACGUCCGCUUCAGCCCGAACCGCCGCUUGUUGGCGGUCGGUUCGGUGGAGAACACGGUGGACCUGUAUGAUGUGAGCGGAGGACCGAGUCUGAACCGACUGGUUUACUGCAGUGACAUCCCGGCUUUCAUCCUGCAGCUGGACUUCUCUGCUGACAGCUGCUACAUACAGGUGUCCACCGGAGCGUACAAGCGGCAGGUGUUUGAGGUUCCUUCAGGAAAGCUGCUGAGUGACCAGAGCUCCAUCGACAGAAUCACCUGGGCGACGUGGACCAGCAUCCUUGGAGAUGAAGUUUUGGGAAUUUGGCCUCGGAACGCCGACAAAGCUGACGUGAACUGUGCCUGCGUGUCUCACGCUGGCCUGAACAUCGUCACCGGUGACGACUUCGGAUUGGUCAAGCUGUUCGACUUCCCCUGCACUGAGAAGUUUGCCAAACACAAGCGCUACCUCGGCCACUCAGCCCACGUGACCAACAUCCGCUUCUCCCACGACGACAAAUACGUGAUCAGCACAGGAGGAGACGACUGCAGCGUGUUUGUGUGGAAAUGUCUGUAAACGUGGGGAUUCGAAGCACCUUAUCAGCACCAAGGACCUGGAGCGGGUCGGCGGCGAGUCGCCUCCACAGCCUGAGAGACAACGCUCAUGUUUACAGUCCGGCAGCUUCACCAGAGACCAGCAGGAAGCCGCAGCAGGAAGCCGCAGCAGGAAGACGCAGCAGGAAGACGCAGCAGGAAGACGCAGC